AUGAGAGAAAUUAUUCACGUUCAAGCUGGUCAAUGUGGUAAUCAGAUUGGUCAAAAAUUUUGGGAAACUAUCAGUCAAGAACAUGGCAUCGACCCUACUGGUGCAUAUGCAGGUGAUAAUGAUUUACAACUUGAACGUAUUAAUGUUUAUUAUAAUGAAGGCUCUACCAAUAAAUAUGUACCAAGAGCUGUUCUUGUUGAUCUUGAGCCUGCUACUAUGGAUGCUAUUCGGGGCAGCACUUAUGGUAAACUCUUUAAGCCUGAUAAUUUUAUCUUUGGUCAAUCAGGUGCUGGUAAUUCUUGGGCUAAAGGUUAUUAUACGGAAGGUGCAGAAUUGGUUGAAUCAGUAUUAGAUAUUAUUCGUAAAGAAGCUGAACAUACUGAUUGUCUUCAAGGUUUUCAAUUAAGUCAUUCCUUAGGUGGUGGUACUGGUUCUGGUCUUGGUUCUCUUUUAUUAUCUAAAAUUCGUGAAGAAUACCCUGAUCGUAUGCUUUGUACUUACUCAGUUGUUCCUUCUCCCAAGGUUUCUGAUACUGUUGUUGAGCCUUAUAAUGCCGUCUUGACCGUUCAUCAACUAGUCGAAAAUUGUGAUGCUACCUUCUGCAUUGAUAAUGAAGCUCUGUAUGACAUUUGCUUCCGUACUUUGAAGCUGAAUAAUCCUGACUAUGGUGAUUUAAACCAAUUAGUAUCUGCUGUCAUGUCUGGUGUAUCUACCAGUUUACGUUUCCCUGGACAAUUAAACAGUGAUUUGAGAAAGACAUUUGUCAACAUGGUUCCUUUCCCUCGUCUACAUUUCUUUAUGGUUGGCUUUGCUCCCUUAACUGCCUUUGGCUCUCAACAAUAUCGUAACCUGAGUGUUCCUGAACUGACAGCUCAAAUGUUUGAUUCACGUAACAUGAUGGCCGCCUCUGAUCCUCGUCAUGGUCGCUAUCUAACAGUCGCUACGAUUUUCCGUGGUCGUCUAUCGACAAAAGAGGUUGAGAACCAAAUGUUGGCCGUUCAACAAAAGAAUUCGUCCUAUUUUGUUGAAUGGAUUCCUAAUAGUGUUAAAACAUCUCUUUGUGAUAUUCCUCCUGUAGGUCUUAAGAUGUCAGGUACCUUUAUUGGUAACAGUACAGCGAUUCAAGAAUUAUUCAAACGUGUCAACGAUCAAUUUACUGCCAUGUUUAGAAGAAAAGCUUUUCUGCAUUGGUAUACUGGUGAGGGUAUGGAUGAGAUGGAAUUUACAGAGGCUGAAUCUAAUAUGAAUGAUCUUGUUUCUGAAUAUCAGCAAUACCAAGAAGCUACUAUUGAUGACGAAGAUUAUCUUGAUGAAGAUGACAUUCUUGAAGAUGAAGAAAUUGAAGAGGAAGAUUAUCAAGAAUAAAUCUAUGUGUAACUUUUUUUUUUGUUUCUCUCUUUCUC